AUGUUAAGCAUACUGACAUUUUUGCAUUAUCACAUUAAGCGGGAACGACAACAAGAUGAUGAGUUGUUACGGACUAGUGACGCUAUUGGCGAUAACAACAUUGGCGACGAAGACUGCGAGAUCAAUGGCGUGACGCUGCGGCACCGUAGUAUGGAAUACUAUGGAGAAUUUUCAUAUGUCGCGUGCUCGCACGGUAAAGCUUCCUGCUUUCUCUUUGAACCUGCAGACGACGAAGCUUCAAAGGUGGCGUGUCCUACUCAAAACUUUCAGCAGAUGAUUGACAAGGAGUCUGCAUACCGCGCUCAUGAGAAGAAAACGAAACAAAGAGUUGAUAGAGAUGAUAAAGUAGGUCUACGCCACCUAUAG